AUGCUACAACAUCUCCCGCGUAAGAUGCCACAUCUCGAGCGAGAGACACGGGUGUGGGCGUGUGGGAUGCGCAUCUCUAAAGGAGAUCUUACAUCUCCAGCGGAAUACGCGACAUCUGCUGCGGGAGAUGUGCUGGCAUCUCCAAAAUCUUGGAUGCGUGACACCACUCAACUUUUUAAAAGUGACUUAGAAGGUAUUGAAACAGUUGGUAAACGUGGCCGAAACCAAGUUCGUUUAACAGCAUUUAUAUUUAAUAUCCUGUGCAAAACAGCAACUACAAAGGAAGAUAUUAUCGGCCAUAUUCGUUUAGAAUUUAAUGAUAACAUUCAACAUAUGUGUGUGGAAUUAGAUCUACAAUCAACUGGUGUAAAACGACAACUUUAUAUUCAAAUUACAUGUAUUUUGAAGAGUAAAAUAAAUAAAUAA